AUGGGUUUGCUAGACUGUACACCUGAGAUUGUGGAACUCAUCAUCAAGUUGUACGUCAACGAGGUUGGCAUAUUGGAAGCCUGGUCUCGUCGCGAUGUUUGCAAAACCUUCAACUACUUUAUAGAAUACGAAGUUCUAGCGAAGCAACCAAAGCAAGCAUUUUACCGCACCCCUCCAAAGUUCAUACUACAAGGUUUGACGCACAGCAAGCGUAUGAAAUACCUUCAAUAUCGAAUCCAGCAGCCAAACAACGCUCCACCGGUAAUCUCCUUGAAAUUGAGGGGUAUCAACGCCGAGAUUGUGGUGAAAUUGCAAGAGAAUGAAGGCCAUCUACAAGAACAAUAUACUACGGCUUUGUGUAUAGCGGCCCUAACCGACAAUCCAGGUAUACUACUAAGAGGGUACGGAACACGGGACGGAACAUGGCAAUAUGAUGACGAAGAGAUUGUUAGCAAUGUGGACAGAAUAGCCGCUGCUGCUUCCAUAGGAGACGAGCGAGCUCUCCGGAGGUUGAUUCUCAAUCAUCCAAUGGAUGUAUUGGAACGGUCAGACGCUCUUGGCUUCCCACUCCAAGCUGCUGUGGCUGGAGGACACAUGGCCUCGGUCAAGAUGGUGCUUGACCUUUUCCCAAAGCUAAAGUUAGACGAUCUAGACACAGUUCAAUUGGAGCUUGCGCUUGAGGGGGUCGUGAGAAAAACGAAAAACCAUGACAUGAUGGAGCUCAUCUUCGAAUGUCUCGGCAAAACCCAUACCGCUAUCUACGCAAGUAUUGUAGAAGAAUCGUGGGAGACGGCACUCUAUAAGGAAGACCGUAGACUCCUAAACACCAUUCUCAAUCAUCUUCCGCAGCUCCAGGAGGACGAAAUGGAGCUUUCGGAAGAUUGGGGCUUCGACCAGCUUUGCAACAAUGGCUUCGGAGACAUGGCUAGAAGACUCAUCGAGAAGGGAUAUUACAUCCCCCCGGGCAGGUUCGACCCACACUCAAACCCUAUGCUUAGUGCCAUAAAAUAUGGACAGGCAGAUCUAGUAACUCUUCUUAUAGAGAAAGGAUAUCCAGUGGACGACUUCUGUGGUUGCCGUUGUGGUGCGCGAUUACACGAGUCCCCUCUGAAGUUUGCAGUUCGUCAUGGUCAUACUACUGUUUCAAACAUACUCAUUGAACAUGGAGCCAAGGCAGACUUUAAUUUUGACGAGUAUCGUCGCGAAGCUGCAAAGGAUUGUCCAGAAAGUCAAAAGAAGCAGGCUGAGAUAUGUUGUAGAGCGUUUUUGCAUGGUGGUGUUUUGCAUGGUGGUGUUUUGCAUGGUGGUGUUUUGCAUGGUGGUGGUUUGUAUGGUGGUGAAGACUCGGAAUAG